AUGCAGAGGAUGGUUAGGUCUUUGACAGAUUUAGAAGAAGCAGAGAAAUUUAGAAGCAGCGGAGAAGGAGAAGAUGGGGAGGAAGACAGAAUCUCCCAGCUUCCGGACUCAAUCAUCCACGCCAUCCUUCAUCAGCUGAAUUCCCCCGAGGAAGCCGCCAGAACCAGCUCGAUUUCCACAAGAUGGCGCCGCCUAUGGCACUCUUACCCUUUCGUGGAUUUCAAGCUCUCCGGGGAGAAUCAGAGUCAGUUCCCCAGCUUCGUUGCCUCCACUUGUAAGCGGCUGCUGGGGCUGCUGAAUUCGGAUUCGGAUCACAGCACUACUAGUGGUUUUGCUGCUGUAGCCACAAUGAUUCAGGAUUUCAAUAUCUCGGUCCAUCUUGAUUAUCAGAACGACGACCUCGACCGGUUGCUCUUGCUGUUCACCACAUCGCCUGCCUUGUCCCCGGCCAAGUUCGUGCUUCAGGGCCGCUGUAGUUUGCCAGUUAUGAAUUGGAGCCGCACAAAACACAUCAGUCUCUUUGGUUGCGAACUCAUCGCCCUCCCAACUGCUGCUUCUGUCUCUCUAGGCAGCCUCGAGUAUCUGUGUCUCGUUCAAGUCAGUAUCAGCGAACAACUUCUCGAAACUUUCCUGGCCAAUGCUCCUCGCCUCGAGUCGCUGACAGUGUUCGACAUUGAUGGGAUUGAAAAGCUGGAAGUGGUCUCUUCUCCUCGGUUACACGAUCUGAAUUUGGGCGACAUUGUUUACAGUCCGGGGUGGAUGGGCCAUCCGAGGCAAGGCAGAAUACGGAGGCUGAAGAUUUCGACUCCAGACCUCAAGGUCUUGCAGAUUCAGUCGGGCUUGGAGGAGCUCGAGAUUGAUGCUCCAAAUCUGGUUAGUCUCUCCUGGAAUGUUUACCCCGGCGAACCCUUAGCGAAGGUCAAUGUUAUCAACUUGGCAUCCGAUUGCCAGUCUACAGUUGAAGUGGAAUAUUUUGGUGAAUUCAAGCCACAAAAGUUAAGGCUGUCCCUCUCCACCACGUUCGCUCAAUUCCACCGCCUGGCCUUGUCUUUCGAGUUAUUUCUGUCUACGUUGUCGGUACCGUUGGACAUAAGCCAAAUUGAAUGCUCUUUCCCACCUCGAAAGGUUGAUCGAGUGGAAUGUAGGAACCAUACAGGGACUGUUUACGAGGCCGCAGCUCUUUCAGACCGUUUGUUUUGGGCUUGUCGUCCGAAAUUUGUGGUGAUAACAAACUGUCGGCGUACGUGUCUGAUUGCUGAGUACAUGUGUCGGGAGUAUCUGAAGCCGGCCUCUCCCGAUAACGCGAAUGCGGCUACGUUUUGGAGGCGUCAUUUGAAAGAGAUGAAGAUAGAGAAUGACGCUACUGGUGAGAUGAUGGAGAUCUUCGAAGAUAUGAUUUCUUCCAUUACAAAGCAACAAAAAAUUAGGUUUAUGUUGACAUGGUAUGAAAACAUAGUUUGUUAG